AUGGUUGGGGUCUAUCCUUCGCCAAAUGUGGACUUGCAGGCUGUUCUAGCCGAGCAAUCGUCUUCGCAGAAAAUAGCCAAGGAAAAUUUUACCAUGGUUACUGACAACGAACCUUUGGUCACUGUUGAUUUUCUGAAGUUUUUGAAGCCUGGAUGCGGAGUAUCGGUCGUCAUGAAAAAUAAAACGGAACUUUUCCGUGGUCUUGAGUUAUUUAAUCAUGAAAUUUUUCAACGCGCUCGAAAGAUCUCACUUCACUACUGGAAAGCAGUGUUGAGAGAUGAUCAGCUUGUUAAUCUUGCAGCAGAAGAAAUCGAUAUCAGAUCGCGUUAUAUCACAUCCGGAGCUAUUGAUAAACCUAUUUUGGUGAGGAAAUUCUACUAG